AUGUUUGAAGAGCAAAAAACGGUGAUCUCUUCUCCAUCUUCGGCUGCCAGUUCAUCUUCUGGAUAUUCUGAAGAACAUUCUGCGAUGGUUGAAGAACAUCAACAACAACUUCAACAAUAUCAAGAAUUCUACGCUCAUCAUGUUAUGCCAAAUGAUGAGAAUAUGAAACAAGAUCCAAAUCUUCAACAAAACACAUUCUACAACUACGGAGUUCCAAUGUAAGUUUUUGAAAAAAUUGUUUUGAUUUGUAACCAUCUCGAUUUAAUUCAAAAACAAAUUCUAAUUUUUCAGAGGCUAUCCUCCAUACGGAAUGUAUUUCUGGCCACCAGGUCCAGCAAAUCCUCACGACCCAUACUAUUCCGCCGCCGCUGCUCAAGCAAUGCCAAAUUAUCCGGGACAACUUCCGACAAUGGCUGGACCAUACAAUGAUUUAGAUAUGAUGAAAAGACGAAAUGAGCGGGCAAAAGUGUGUCGAGCACCGUAUACAUCGAAACAAUUGCAAAUUUUGAAGGAGCGAUUUGAGAAAUCGGAUCGAAUUGAGUUGAAAGAACGGCACGAGUUGGCGAAGAUUGUUAAUUUGACGCCACAUCAGGUAAUUUUGAAUUUAAUUAUUCAAUAACAAUUCAAAUAUUUUCAGAUCAAAGUUUGGUUCCAAAAUCGGCGAUUCAAAAUGCGUCGAGAUGCAGAAAAGGAGCGUGCAAAAAUGGAAAAAUCCCCAGAAUCCGGAACUCCAAAAAAUCAAGAUCUUGCUGCUCAAAACUUCGCCUAUACCCCCGAAUAUUUUACCUCCCCAGAUUAUGCCGCAUAUGUAAAUCAAUCAAAUUAG